AUGGCUACUGAACAAUCACCGGAGGCAAGGGAGUUGUCCCUUGUGGGCAAAGUUGAGAUGCGCAUAGCACUUGCGGAUGGUGAUCAGAAGUUGCAAGCAACUCUAAAUACCUACUUGGCACCUCUACUACUCAAACUCGCCUCUGAGCACAUGAGUGUUAGGAACAAGGUCAUCAGUAUCUGCCAACAUAUCAAUCUUAGGAUAAAGCCAGAGUCUAUCAAGCUACCCGUUGCUGCUCUUGUUGAACAAUUUAGAUCGAAUCCAAACACUCCACUGAUCCGCCACUUUGAUCUCUUGUACAUACAGACUGGUGUUCGGCGCAUGUCGUUCGUCGAAAGCACCGCUCUGUUCCCUGUCGUACUACAAAGUGUCGCUUCUGCAGGCAAAACAUCACCUACCCAUGGCUCUCAAAUGUUCAACCUGCUCCUUCAGCUACUGAAGUAUUUCAAGCUUCCACCAAGGGGUACCAAAGAAGAUGAAGAGCUGCGUUCAACUCUCCAACUCAGUGUUGAAGACACUUCGUUCUUGGCCUUUUGGUUCGGACGAUUAAUCUUGUUUUCUGUGGUCAGGGGUAACAAUAACACUACUUCAGUAACUUGUCCCGGUCUAAGACCUAGCGAGUACUCCUUCUUGACAUUGCAAAAUAAAGAAGAUGUGUGGAGCCCCGCCUCUCCGAUGGGUCUCAACCUGCUCGAAAUCAAGUCAAGUGUUGCCAAGGUUCUUGCAAGCGGCAUGUUCACAGACAAGGAGCGUAUUCUUCCUGCUUUAUUCGCCUCUACUGAAUCGACUUCUGAGAUCGGAGAGGAUAUGCUAAAGAGAACCCUUCCUAACAUCUCUCCUGAAGACCCGGACUUCAUCCAGUCGCUGUAUACUUUAUACUUCGGCGAUGAGGGUAUCAACUCGCAAAAACGAGUUAGAGUGCCGCUGCAGCUAAAGAUUCUUGGACUGUUUGCUAAAUCGACCAUAAGCACCACUUUCACGGAAGAGAUAGUCAGACUUGUUAACGAUGGCAUAGCGGGCUCGAGCAAUGAUAACCCCUCUUCACUUGGAAGAGAAGCGACAAAACUUCGCGCGGCCAUCUUUGUCUACAUGAACUUCGUGUCUCGCUAUGGUAGCGAGAAGAGUCUCUACGCCAUUGCCCCUAGGGUUUUGGGAAGACUACGAGAGUACAUUGAGGGCCAAAGCUGGCCCAAACCCAGUCCAAAUGAGGAUCUUGUCUCUCGAGGCUAUGCCUAUGAGGUGAUAGGUCUUCUGGCCAAAGCUGGCCCCAAGGACUUAGUAGUCGAACCGAACUUGGACAUCUUGCGCUGGCUUCUCGAAUCCUUAGCAUUGGAUACAGCUUCAAGCUCAGUGACUGUCAGCAUCGAAGAGUCGCUUUCAAGUAUGCUGGCAGCAUUCAUGUAUAAGUCUGGAACACCCGAACGUCGCAGUACUCGGUACGUAGCUGUUCGAUACGCCAAUCGUUGCCUUCCUUACGCGUCUGUGAAGGCUCGUUGGGUCGACUUGCUUGCCAUUGCUGCCGAGGCCACUGACAGACAAGAAGUUGUCGAGGAAGGCAGACGUGGACUGAGUCCAUACUGGUACCGUAUGCUCAACGGCUCAAUCGGCACUUCUCAAACGGACGAGAGUGUGAACUUCCCUCCUUUCCAGGAUGUGAUGGAUUAUGUCUUCUAUCAAGUACACACUGAUGUUUCUGGUUUUGAUGGACCGCGCAACCCCACCAAAGCAGUUGAAAAACUCCUUCAGCAGCCCCCCAGUGCCUUCAUGGACACUAUCAAGUAUUGCAGACGCGUAUUUAUGCAUGAAGCCAUGUCCAAGAGCUCUACCCAGGUGAAGCUAGAUGCCGAUUGGGAAUACAAGUUCGAUACUGCUAUUGAGAACGACGAGCAAAUUCGACAAGUUGUCAAAGAGUGCAUCGCACAGCUUGCUAUUGAAGGACAAAGUUCUGCAACGAAUCUGCAGCUUCUGUUGAGAGCGUUCUCUGUGAGCGUGUUGAUUCCUGAAGGCAGUAAGGUCAAGGUCGAAGACGCAGACGAGCUGUUCCUGGAUCUGUGUGCUCUCAGUCCUGAUUUGCUCGUCGAAACAGUGGCUCCUCAAUUUGCUGGUCUGAUUUCAUCGAUCUUCUCAAACAAGCUCACUACAAGGCAGUCUGCUGCUCAUGCCUUUGGCCUGCUUGCCUCCCAUCCUAGGAACCAGAUCGACCGCCCAGCAGAAGUGCUGCAGGCUAUACAACAGCUUUUGAGUAAGAUCCUAGCUUGGCGCGAUGCUGUGGGCGCUGGAGCAAACCAAGUUCAUGGUGCAGUCUCUGCAUUGGGUUUCUUCUACAGUAGAUAUGCCUUGAGAGGGUCAAAUGACUUCGAGUCAUCGACAUCCUUCUCAGAGUACAUCUCUAAGGCCGUGGAGAUUCUUCUUCAAUCUACUGACAAAGUACUACAAGAGGCGAGCUAUAAUGCGAUCGGUGACUUGUGUCUCUUCCAGGCAGUCAAGCCAGCCAUUUUUGAGAAGCUAGGUGGCUUCAAAGCCAUCAUUGACAAGACGGCUGAUAUUGCCAAAGGAGGUAGCGAGAGCGCAGCCCUGGCUCUUGGGCAAAUGGCUACAGUACUUGAAGAGUCAACAAUCGACACGAGUAGCGAAGACAAGUCACUUCUUGAGCAUACCUCAGAGCGUCUGCACCAAUUGCACGAUAUUCGACAAGCCGAGACACACUUCUCAGUGGGUGAAGCUUUGAGCUACAUGGCGGUUGGCUGGAAGUCAAAGGCUCUCGUCCAUCGCAUUGACGUAGAAUCCUCAGUGCCUACUGGCCCUCAACGAACUGACGCGUUGCGCAAGCUACUUGAUCGAACGCUCCAGGAUUGCAAACAGACGAAGCCUUCCCUCAAGAAGGCAUCAGUCAUCUGGUUGUUGUGUCUCGUGCAAUUUUGUGGGCAUCUAGAAGAAGUGCAGAGCCAGUUGGCUGCUUGCCAGGUCGCCUUCAAGAAGUGUCUUUCUGACCGCGAUGAACUGGUUCAGGAAACAGCUUCUAGAGGCCUUGGUCUUGUUUACGAGAAGGGAGACCGAAGCUUGAAGGAUGAUCUGGUCAGAGAUUUGAUUGGAUCGUUCUCUUCUGACAACAAGGCACAGCUCGCAGGAAGUGUCACUGCUGACACACAACUCUUCGAGCCCGGAGCACUUCCAACUGGCGAUGGAUCUGUAACCACAUACAAGGAUAUCAUGAGUCUUGCCGCAGAGGUCGGUGACUCCAGUUUAGUAUACCGCUUCAUGUCACUGGCGUCCAGCAAUGCUAUCUGGUCCAGCAGGGCCGCAUUCGGCAGGUUCGGACUCAGCAACGUCUUGUCAGAUUCGAGUGUCGACGGAUAUCUUGCUAGCAACCCAAAGUUGUACCCCAAACUCUACCGAUACCGAUUUGACCCCAAUCCUAACGUCCAGAGAUCCAUGACUGAUAUCUGGAAUGCACUGGUCAAAGAUUCUACAGCAACCAUUGACUCGCAUUUCGAGGCCAUCAUGGAUGAUUUGCUACUGAACAUUCUUGGCAAGGAAUGGCGAGUCCGUCAAGCAUCGUGUGCAGCGAUUGGCGAUCUCGUACAAGGUCGACCUUUGGAGAAGUACGAAAAGUACCUCGAGAAGAUUUGGGGUGUCUGCUUUAAAGUACUCGAUGACAUCAAAGAAUCUGUCAGAGCUGCUGCAGCUUCUCUGGCUCGCGUGCUGACAGGCAUUCUCACAAGAUCUCUCGAGGCGGAUUCUAUGGCGUCCCAGAAUGCCGCUGUGUUGCUUAAGAACGUCCUUCCUUUCCUUCUUUCUACAUCCGGCAUCGAGUCGAGUGCGGAAGAGGUCCAAGGCUUUUCUUUGCACACCUUGUUGGAAAUAAUCAAAAAAGCCAGCGGCAAGAUUUUGCGACCAUUCAUUCCCGAAUUGGUCGAACGUCUCGUGGGACUUUUGAGCAUACUUGAAAACCAAGCCGUCAACUACUUGCAUCUUAAUGCCAGCAAGUACAACCUGACUGAGCAGAAGAUCGAUGACAUCCGCCUCUCGAGCAUUCGAAGCAGUCCUCUGAUGGAAGCUAUCGAACGAUGCCUGGAUCUCCUUGACGAGCCCUCAAUGGAACAACUUGUACCUCGCCUCGAAGCUGCGAUGAAGGGCGCGGUGGGUUUGCCUUCAAAGGUCGGCUGCAGCCGUGUUUUGGUUUCGCUCAGUACACGACACAAUGUGCUCUUCAAGCCGUACGCAGACCAGUUCCUGAAGCUGAUCGAGAGACAAGUGAUCGAUCGCAAUGAAACAGUAUCCAGUUCGUACGCUGCUUCAUCAGGCUAUGUCGCCCGUGGCGCGUCAGACAAACAAAUACUUCGUCUGGCCACCUUUGCUAAGAAGCUCUAUUUCGAAAGUGAAGGCGACCGCGAACAAGCAGUCCCGCGCCAGAGCAUCGCGGCUGCUGAAAUCAUGCAAGCAAUAUCGAAGCACGCAAAUGAUCGUUUCAACUCUCUUGCAUCGGAUCUCUUACCUUUCGUUUUCUUCGGCAAGCACGAUUCUCACGAUCAGGUCAAGGAAAUUUUCCGGAACACAUGGGAGGACAACGUUGGCGGCAGCCGCGCCAUCUCUCUUUACUUGAAAGAGAUUCUCUUGAUGGCUCAGGAGUAUAUGGAUUCACCGCAAUGGGUGAUCAAGCACACAGCAGCUCGUUCUGUUGCUGAUGCCACAACAGCUCUUGCAUCAAUGAGUAGCGGGUUCGAUACGGCGACCAGUCACUUGAUUUGGCCUGUCCUUGAGAAAGCACUUGGCGGGAAGACAUGGGAGGGUAAGGAGGCGGUACUUUACGCCUUUGCCAAGUUCGUAGAAGGCACUAAGGCCAUCUACCCGGCCCAAGAUGCUGUCGCAAAGAUAUUCGUCAAGGUUAGUGACGUAGCAUAUCCUUUCGCUACAUACCGAUCGGCGGAUGAAUGCGAGAUUGGCUAUUAG